GUGAGAGUUGAGCGCUCUUUGGGUACGGGCACGAAAAUAAGCGCUCUGCCCCAAGUCUCUUGUGCUUUGCAUUCACGAACGCCUGGACUGGGAUGUCUGAUGCUUCACUAUCGCUGCGGGGUUAGGGUCUUCGCACAAAGAUUUUUUCAAUCCCAGCUUGCCAAGAAAGCGAGCAGCCCGCACAGGGGGUGGCGCCUGUGCAUCGCUCGACGCGUCGCCUCGCCUCGCCUCACCUCUUUACACCUCGCUCUUUUCACCAAAAAAAUACCACAUUCGAGUAGCAUUCACCGGCCAUGGCAUCACAAUCAGCUACCCCAAGCGGCCCGCCGCAAAUCCCACAGAACAUCAAGCAAGCGAGCAAGAACGGAUCUCUUGAAGGACUAUGAACGUCUCGGCCUUGACCUCGUCCUAUCUAGGAAAGAAGUUCGACCGUCGACUAGUUUUGACGCUCAAUAUUGGACAUCAGCUGCGGCCACAUGCGACGCAUCGGUCGCGUAUCUUCAUGCCGAGACCGAACUCGCCAUCCGAGAUUGGGUCGAUGGCGGGGAAGGACCUGCUGCAUCAUGGUGGGAAACUACCGAAGCACGCCGCAUCAUCGAGGAGAUAAAAGCUAGCACAUUGGAAAAGACGCUCUACACGAAACAAGCCGAGACGGUCAAGCAAAGUAGUCCUAUUAGACGAGCAUUCCAAGCCAUGUUCUCGACAAGCCAACUUAGUAUUUGCGCUGACAAAGUUAGUAUAGGCGCACGCAAGAGAUCAGAACAGUCAAAGUUCAAAGAUGAUCUUAUUCAAUUUUACCGUGCCGCUACAACAAAACGGAACAAACCAAAAAUCAUUGUAACCGUUCACGACUCCGCUACUGGCUACGAAUUUGUCAAGUUAGGUGUUACCGCCGCACAUUUAUUUCCCUAUAAGCUUGGUCCUGACGUUUUGGUUGCGGUAUUUGGCGAGGAUGUCGAAAGUGAGCUGAUGACGUCACUAAAUGGUCUGCUGCUUCAACCUGAUGUAGAGUCGGCUCUUGACGACGGUGCUAUCGCCAUUGUCCCCGACCUACCCGAUAACCCCACGACCGAACAAGUAGCAGACUGGGAGAGAAAGGAGCCAAAGAAUUAUCGAUGGUGUAUUAUCGACGAGGAUGCAGAAUCGCUCGAGACGGUUGUUGUUCCCGAGGGCCAGGGUAUAAGUAUUCGGGAGCUAGAGGGUCAGAGGCUGUCAUUCAAGAAUGACAAUCGCCCAAGAGCAAGAUAUCUAUACUUCCUCUUCGUCGUUGCGCAGCUCAAGAUGGCAUGGAGACACGAAUACCGCACUGAUCCCGCCAAGAAGCUGAAACCCCAGCUAGGAAAGGGGUUCUGGGCAACGCGAGGAAGAUAUCUCAACCGGGCGCUUCUCCUCGCUCUCGCCAAAGAAAUCGGCCAUGAUACAGCAUUCCCAGAGAAUAUCCCGUCUCUGUCCGGAACCAAUCACGAUACCCAACCUCAAGGAGACGACGAUGACGGCGAGGCUGGACUUGUUGCCAUCGCAAAGAUCAUUGCAGCUCAGAGACGAGGGGACGAAGAGGAGGAAGAAGAGGAAGACUGUCACUGUCACUGUCACAGUGGUGGCUCAGGCUCCACUAGCGCUCCGGCAGUGCCAGACAUCUAGAUACCUACCCCUGCACUAGCCGUGAAACUAGGGUGCCGCAGGUAUCCUGCGAGAUUACGUAGAAGAAAGCUACUAGACUUAUUGCUAUUACCCUUCCACGGGUGUCUCAAUAAUGACAUAUGGCACACAAUCGCCAUCCAGCCCCUGAUUCUCUUUUCCUACCCCGCCGUGCUCUGGUCCGCCGUCGUCUACGCCUGCUCCGUUGGGUGGCUGAUCGUUAUCUCGGAGUCGGUAGCCGUGAUUUACCGCGAAGAAAU